CACCAAACGACUACUUACACAGACUGACAAGACUCCCUGCACCAUCCCGAAAGGGACAAUCCUGGACCACAACGGUCCCCAGGCUUGUGGCCUGCGGGCACCAGCUCUCACACAACUUCAGGGCAGAGAAGGAAUCCCGCCUCCAAGACACCACGGCUCUACCCAGCUGAGACGGAAUCCCAGUGUGAAUCCCAAGCCUGGAAAGAAAUUGACAACCGGUGGUCGCUGGGUCCACAGCAGCAAGGCUAUAAUUCUG